AUGACUAUCGAUGUCAUUCUCGGGGCCCAAUGGGGCAAGGGAAAGCUGGUUGAUAUCCUGUCCCGGGAGGCACAACUCUGUUGCCGAGCUGCCGUAACGCUGACUGGUAGGACGGUUUCAGGUCACAUGAUCAAGGUGGAUGGAGUCUCCUACAGUAGCUUUCACCUCUUGCCCUCCGGCCUCAUGAAUCCGCGGUGCAUGAACUUCAUCGGCUCCGGUGUGGUCUUUCACAUCCCGACCUUCUUCAGCGAGCUCAAGGAGCUUGAAGAGAAGGGCCUGACCGCGGUACACGACCGAAUCCUUGUUUCUGACAGGGUCAACGUCCUCUUGGACAUGCACAUGGCAGUGGAUGGUCUUGAGGAGAAGGAGCUCGGAGGCAUUGGUCCAUGCUACCAAACAAGCAGAGCGCGAACUGGCAUCAAAUUAACUGACAUCUUCUAUCCUGAACUUUUCGAGGAGAAGGUGAAGCGCUUAGCUGGUGGUUAUCAAAAGCGCUUUGGUGAACUGUUCAAGUACGACAUCAAAGCCGAGCUUGCUUCUUUUGAGGAGUAUAGGGAGAUGAUGAGGAAAUACGUCGUGGACGGCGUGUCCUUCAUGACAUCCGCACAGCAGAGCGACAUGAAGAUUGUGGUCGAAGGCGCAAACGCACUGAUGCUAGAUAUUGAUUAUGGCUCGUACCCAUUCGUUACUUCGUCAAGUACCACGCUUGCUGGCAUCAUUGGUGGACUCACCCUGAACCCGAAGAACAUUACAGAGACGGUUGGAGUGGUUAAGGCUUACACCACCCGUGUCGGUUGGGGUGCCUUCAAGACCGAAGACACGGAAGAGAUUGGCACCAAACUUCAGGAGAUUGGACGCGAAUGGGGGACGUCGACCGGCCGCAGACGCCGAUACCUUGUUGUUGUCAAGUACAGCAACUCAAUCAACUACUACACCAGCCUUAAUCUGACAAAGCUCGACGUUUUGGACACUUUUGAAACGAUCAAGAUUGCGAUCGCUUAUAAGGUCGACGGACAGGAAUUGGACUCUUACCCUGCGGAUCUUAAGAUCUUAGAACAAGCUGAGGUGGUUUACCAUGAGAUGCCAGGGUGGCAAACGCCGACUACCAACGCGAAGACCUACUACGAUUUGCCCAAGAAGGCUCGCGAUUACGUGGAGCAGUACAUUGAGAAGUUUGUGGGAGUCAAGAUCAAGUACAUUGGCACCGGUCCCGACCGUGAGGCCAUGAUCCAGCGCGCCUGA